CUGCCCCUGGUCUCUGCUGUGGAAGAAACGCUGAUGGACUCAACCACAGCCACCGCGGAGCUGGGCUGGAUCGUGCAUCCUUCAUCCGGGUGGGAGGAGGUGAGUGGAUACAAUGAAAACAUGAACACCAUCCGGACCUAUCAGGUGUGCAACGUCUUUGAGUCUAGUCAGAACAACUGGCUCCGCACCAGGUACAUCCGGAGACGAGGAGCCCAGCGCAUCCACGUGGAGAUGAAGUUCUCCGUCCGGGACUGUAGCAGCAUCCCCAACGUCCCCGGCUCCUGCAAGGAGACAUUCAACCUCUAUUACUAUGAAGCCGAUUUUGACUCGGCCACCAAAACUUUUCCCAACUGGAUGGAGAACCCAUGGGUCAAGGUGGAUACAAUUGCCGCAGACGAAAGCUUUUCCCAGGUGGAUCUUGGGGGAAGGGUAAUGAAAAUUAACACGGAGGUCCGGAGCUUUGGGCCCGUGUCCAGGAAUGGCUUCUACCUCGCCUUUCAAGACUACGGUGGCUGCAUGUCCCUCAUUGCCGUCCGUGUGUUCUACCGCAAGUGCCCCCGUGUGAUCCAGAACGGGGCUGUCUUCCAGGAGACCCUGUCUGGGGCCGAGAGCACGUCUUUGGUGGCCGCCCGGGGCACCUGCAUCCCAAAUGCUGAAGAAGUAGACGUGCCUAUUAAGCUCUACUGCAAUGGGGAUGGGGAGUGGCUGGUGCCCAUCGGGAGAUGUAUGUGCAAGGCUGGCUAUGAAUCAGUGGAGAAUGGAACCACCUGCAGAGGCUGCCCUUCUGGGACCUUCAAGGCCAACCAGGGGGACGAAGGAUGCACUCACUGCCCCAUCAACAGCCGAACCACUUCAGAAGGAGCCACUAACUGUGUCUGCCGCAACGGGUACUACCGAGCUGACCUAGACCCGCUGGAGAUGCCAUGCACCACCAUCCCUUCGGCACCUCAGGCUGUCAUCUCCAGCAUCAAUGAGACCUCACUCAUGCUAGAGUGGACUCCGCCCCGAGAUUCAGGGGGCCGAGAGGACCUGGUUUACAACAUCAUCUGCAAAAGCUGCGGUUCAGGCAGAGGCGCCUGCACCCGCUGCGGGGACAACGUGCAGUUCGCCCCUCGGCAGCUGGGUCUGACGGAGCCCCGGAUCUAUAUCAGUGACCUCCUGGCCCACACCCAGUACACCUUCGAGAUCCAGGCAGUGAAUGGAGUCACUGACCAGAGUCCCUUCUCACCCCAAUUCGCUUCUGUCAAUAUCACCACCAAUCAGGCAGCCCCAUCUGCUGUGUCCAUUGUGCACCAGGUGAGCCGGACAGUGGACAGCAUGACUUUGUCCUGGUCCCAGCCUGACCAGCCGAAUGGCGUCAUCCUCGACUAUGAACUCCAGUACUACGAAAAGGACCUGAGUGAGUACAAUGCCACUGCAGUCAAAAGCCCCACCAACACAGUGACUGUGCAGGGCCUCAAAGCAGGCACCAUCUAUGUCUUCCAGGUGCGGGCACGCACCGUCGCAGGCUACGGGCGUUACAGUGGCAAGAUGUAUUUCCAGACAAUGACUGAAGCCGAGUACCAGACAAGCAUCCAAGAGAAGCUGCCUCUCAUCAUUGGCUCGUCGGCGGCAGGGCUGGUCUUCCUCAUUGCCGUGGUCGUCAUUGCCAUCGUGUGUAACAGGUGCGCCUCCCCCCGCCCUGGCCCCUUCCGUCUGUCCACCCGAGUGCCGGGCUCUAUCUCUCUGUCUAGGCACUACAGAAGGCGGGGGUUUGAGCGUGCCGACUCCGAGUACACGGACAAACUACAACAUUACACCAGCGGCCACAUGACUCCAGGCAUGAAAAUCUACAUUGACCCCUUCACCUAUGAGGACCCCAACGAAGCCGUGCGAGAGUUUGCCAAGGAAAUUGACAUCUCUUGUGUCAAAAUUGAGCAGGUGAUUGGAGCAGGGGAAUUUGGUGAAGUCUGUAGUGGCCACCUGAAGCUGCCAGGCAAAAGAGAAAUUUUUGUGGCCAUCAAAACCCUCAAAUCAGGCUACACGGAGAAGCAGCGCCGGGACUUCCUGAGCGAGGCCAGCAUCAUGGGCCAGUUUGACCACCCCAACGUCAUCCACCUGGAGGGCGUGGUCACUAAGAGCACACCAGUCAUGAUCAUCACCGAGUUCAUGGAGAAUGGUUCCCUGGAUUCCUUCCUCCGGCAAAAUGAUGGGCAAUUCACAGUGAUCCAGCUGGUAGGCAUGCUUCGGGGCAUUGCUGCGGGCAUGAAGUACCUGGCAGACAUGAACUAUGUACAUCGAGACUUGGCCGCCCGAAAUAUUCUAGUCAACAGUAACUUGGUCUGCAAGGUGUCUGACUUUGGACUCUCGCGUUUCCUGGAAGACGACACCUCUGACCCCACCUACACAAGUGCCCUGGGUGGGAAGAUCCCAAUACGCUGGACAGCUCCGGAAGCCAUCCAAUACAGGAAGUUCACAUCUGCCAGUGACGUGUGGAGCUAUGGAAUAGUCAUGUGGGAGGUGAUGUCCUAUGGGGAGCGGCCGUACUGGGACAUGACCAAUCAGGACGUAAUCAAUGCCAUAGAGCAAGACUACCGGCUGCCCCCUCCCAUGGACUGCCCCAACGCCCUGCACCAGCUCAUGCUGGACUGUUGGCAGAAGGACCGGAACCACCGACCCAAGUUUGGACAGAUUGUGAACACACUGGACAAAAUGAUUCGAAACCCCAACAGCCUCAAAGCCAUGGCACCCCUCUCCUCUGGGAUCAACCUCCCCUUGCUGGAUCGCACGGUCCCUGACUACACCAGCUUUAACACGGUGGAUGAGUGGCUGGAGGCCAUCAAGAUGGGCCAGUACAAGGAGAGCUUUGCCAACGCCGGCUUCACAUCCUUCGAUGUCGUCUCUCAGAUGAUGAUGGAGGACAUUCUUCGUGUGGGCGUCACUCUAGCUGGUCAUCAAAAGAAAAUUCUGAACAGUAUUCAGGUGAUGCGAGCGCAAAUGAACCAGAUCCAGUCAGUGGAAGUUUGACCUUCAUCCCACUUUCACUCUCCUCUUCCUCACGGCCCUGCUCCCCUUUGCCCCUGUGUGCCCCGUUCCAGUUUUUGAGCAUCCUAUGUCCAACCACAGAGUCACCCACCUACUCUGAGGACAGUGGCAACAGGUGGAACCACUCCCACAAAGAGAAGUCAUCAGAAACGCCGAAAAUUUAAGCAAUGGGAAAAAAUAAAGAAAGAAAGAAAAAAGGGAAUGGGAAAAAGAUAUUUUGGGGAAAACCAUAUGAAAACUAUUUUUAAAGGACAAAUAAUGAAUGAAGAACAGCAGUGAGAGUCUUUAAAAGGGCUUGUUUAGGUUUUUUUUCCAGUCUGAGACCAAAAGCCGUUUCUUCAUCUCCCUCCAAGAAAGAGAAUGAUCCCCAGGACUGUUUGAAUAAGACCAGAAGGAGAGGGGUGCUUUCAAGGAAGACAAAUGGAAAGAGAAGACUGGCCCUCCUUCUCUUCUCCCUCAGAAGGCUGCUAUCCCUAGCAUCAUCUGACAGCCAGUGCUCCCUGAGGCCUCAGUUUCCCCUAGGGGACACUGAAGUGGGCAGGUGACCUAGGGGACCUGA